ACAUGCUGUCAGUUUUGUUUACCGUAAAGUGGACGUAACGUGUGUGCAAAUUGCGCAUGCGUGAUGGGGAUUUUCCUCCACGGUCCAGGAAGAGGCGGCGUGUGCAGCAGGACAGCUGAGACUGUUCUUAUGGUCCCUACGCUAUGAGACGGACAGCCGCUGUCUGCAGAUGACACCUCGGUUGGUUGAAGCACAAGGAAUGACCCGCUGCACCGCCGAGCAUCUAACUAGGUUUCACUACUGCUGCUGAGUCAGGAUGAGAGAAUGGUGGCUUCUGGUGGGCUUGAUCUGCGUCCCGCUGAUGGCGGUGUACCUGCACAUCCCGCCCCCCACCCUCUCCCCUGCCCUGCAGAAAUGGCACAAUUCAGGGGAGAGUUUCAACUUCAAGGGAAGCAACAUCUUCUAUAGAGACUCCCUCGGUGCUGUUGGAAGUUCGGAUGUUGUCGUCUUGCUGCACGGAUUCCCAACGUCUAGUUACGACUGGAACAAGAUCUGGAGCGCUCUGAACCAACGCUUCCACAGAGUCGUAGCACUGGACUUCUUGGGGUUUGGCUUCAGCGACAAACCUCGGGGCCACAGGUACUCGGUGUUCGAGCAGGCCAGCGUGGUGGAGGCGCUGCUGGCCCACCUGGGGCUGGGGGGGCAACGGGUCAACCUGCUGGCCCAUGACUACGGAGACACGGUGGCCCUGGAGCUGCUCUACAGGAGUGACCAGAACCGAACAGGUCACCUGACCAUCAACAGCCUGUGUUUGUCCAAUGGGGGACUAUUCCCAGAAACACACUACCCCAGAUGGAUUCAGACUGUUCUGAAGGACGUCGGCCUUCUGUCUCCUGUUCUGACGCGUCUCACCAACUACAUGAUGUUCUCCAGGAGUGUGGGGCAGGUGUUCGGGCCGUACACGCAGCCCACUGAUGAGGAGUUCUGGGACAUGUGGACGAGCCUGCGCUUCAACGACGGCAACCUGGUCAUGGACAGUGUUCUGCAGUUUCUCAACCAGAGGGCGAAGCACAGAGACCGGUGGGUGGGGGCGCUGACCUCCACGCUGGUUCCAUUGCACAUGAUCUAUGGACCCAUGGACCCGGUAAACCCUCACCCCGACUUCCUCCUGCGAUAUAAGUACCUGGUGCAGAGGUCCACCGUCACGCUGCUCGACAAACACAUCGGCCACUACCCUCAGCUGGAGGACCCCCUGGGAUUCCUGAACGCCUACUACGGCUUCAUCAACUCCUUCUGACGCCCGUCCACCGCGUCAUGAGGGCUGACACCCGUCCACCGCCCCGUCCACGAGGGCCUCAUGCUCAACCGUCGCAGGAAUGAGUGCAGAAUCAUCGACAAGCAUCAGCAACGCGACUACCAACACUAACGCUGUGUGUGUGUAACGGUCAUAACCGUAUGAUUCUGAAGAGAACAAGUUUAUACCAACAUGUACGAUUCAUUACCGAUAGACUAAUAGUAGGAAUGACCUAAAAUGAUGUCAACGAUUUGGUGUACUCGAUUAUUGUGGGGAACUAAUUAUUCAGAUUCAGCCAUUGAACAAUCUUCCAAUCCAUGUUAACAUGAUUCACAAACGUUGGCAAAUAAAAGUAGUUUUCUAAGAA